GCUGUGUGUUUGUACAUGCUCAUGUGUGUGUCAGUGUCAAGCGCUUUGACUGUUUCUCGUCUUGUUUGAGCAGUUCAUGCACUUUGGCUCACACUCUGAAACUGUGAUUUCUCAUCCACUGCAUCAGGUGUCAGUAAAGCCUUUACCCCAAAGCUGGUGUUGGUUACUGCAGACACACCCUGUGGAUAGCGGAACCCAUUUGUAGUCACAUAAUCACCACAACUGGAGACCAGAAAUGGAGAACAAAACAUCAGGAAUGAGCGAGGGCCUCCAUGUGAACUGCAGUAUGUCUGGAAGACACAACUUCAUCUUCACCUUCAUCCCCGUCGUCUACGGAUGCAAUUUCGUCAUCGGGAUCAUUGGCAAUAGCAUGGUGGUGGCUGUCAUCUACCGCUACAUGAAGUUGAAGACAGUAGCGAACGUGUUUGUGCUCAAUCUAGCCAUAUCGGACCUCACCUUCCUUAUUACGCUACCUUUGUGGGCCACUUUCACAGCUAUGGGUUACCAUUGGCCGUUUGGGACCUUCCUGUGCAAGGCAAGUGCCGGAUUGGUCAUCUUCAACCUCUAUACUAGCAUAUUCUUCCUCACCGCUCUUAGCAUUGAUCGAUAUCUUGCUAUCGUGCAUCCAGUGCGCUCCAGACGCCAACGAACGCUUUUCUACGCCAACCUCACGUGUGUACUCAUAUGGCUGUUUGCCUUGCUCCUCAGUGCACCUACAGCGUUAAGCCGGGAUGUGUACGACAUUGGGAACUCUACAUUGUGCGCCGUGUGGCACCGCAGUGAGCAGAUUAACUUGUUAGUUACCCUUAGCGUGCUAAAAAGCGUGCUAGGUUUCUUUGUGCCUUUCCUCGUCAUCAUCACCUGCUACUGUCUGAUUGGUCGGGCACUUCUGGGUUCCAGGGGUCUGUUGAGGAAAAGCGUUCGCUCUCGGGAAGACGAAACUCUUCGUAUGAUAGCCGCUACUGUGCUAGCUUUCUUUGUCUGUUGGGCUCCUCACCAAGCUUUCCACUUCAUGGAGCUGCUGGCCACGCUUGGCGUAGUGGAAAACUGCCAAACACUGGAUGUUAUUGACACAGCCAUGCCUGUUACCAUCUGCAUCUCCUAUUUAAACAGUUGUGUAAACCCCAUUCUUUAUGGGUUUGUUGGACACAACUUUCGCAAGAACCUACUGAGGUUACUAGACUGUGGGUCUGGACAAUCUAGCAAUAACUUUAGCAUUAGCUCAAAGAUGAACGUCAACUCCCAUUGUACCUCUGGUCUGCUCAACCCAACAAGCUCCAAGAACGAUUCAACAUCCACUGUUAAGACAUCUUAAGUGUAAAAGCCAUAGCUGAAAUUUUGUAUUUAUCUGUUUUGGGAUUUUGAGUGGUACUAUAAGAUAUUUUUUGAUAAGAUAACAACAUACUUGGCUAAUGCACUGACAAAGCAUAGUUCUGAUAAAUAUAUGAGUUACGGUAUCAAUAAAAAUGCUCUCUAAUCAUAGGAGCGAUAGGAUUGCCUUCAAAUGUCCGUUCCAUUAAGAUGUGUUAUUCUGCUAAAAUGUGUUACUCACCAAGAUAUGUUAUUCUGCUAUAACCAUGUUAACUUACUAAGAUUCUUCAUUAUGACUGCAGAGAAAACUGAACAUAGAAUAAAUAGUUUAUGGCAAUAGCUGUUAGUGCCUAAAACUAAUGGUCUGCUUCUCUGGGAAGUUUUCUUUUUCAAGUCAGAUGUGCUUGUAUCACGUUAUUUGCGGUCUGACACAUUUAAGAAUGCAGAUUAAUCACAGAUUAAUGCAAUGAAUUUGGCAUUUGAAUACAUACACUGAAUCAACUUGUUUUUAUUUAUUUAACA